AAAUAAACAAACUUCUAAUCAGCUGGAAGGAGCGUUACAACUUGCGUUACAUUUUUCUGCCGCCGAAAGAGAAAGGGCAUAUGGGGGCACUGGGCAAUUGAAGCUUAAUACGAAUGUCAGUUCGGGUUUGUUUUGAUCUUCACUUUCGUCUCGAUAUCGGCAGAUUUUUGUGCACCGGUCAAAUGAUACUGAUUAGGCAACAAAUUGGAACCGUCUAUCGAUUGUCCCGCACAACGAUUCGGGCUUGUAGUGCCAGUUCUAAGAAAUCUUCAGAAGAAGGUGAUGAUAGCAGAGAAAAUCGUUCCGAGGCCAAACUAGCACUGAGAACACAAUUUUUCGAGCAUGUUUCGAAACGGGAUAAACAAACCUACAUCGAUAUGGUACGGGUAUUUGAACAGCAAAGUGUCCACCGAAGGAAUCACGUAGAAUUUAUUUAUGCUGCCCUGAAGCACAUGGAAGAGUUUGGGGUACACAAAGACCUUCAGGUCUACAAAGCUCUGAUUGAGGUGAUGCCGAAGGGCAAGUUUAUUCCGACCAACAUCUUCCAGGCGGAAUUCAUGCAUUAUCCGCGCCAGCAGCAGGUAAUCAUCGAUCUGCUGGAACAGAUGGAGGACAAUGGAGUUAUUCCAGACUACGAAAUGGAAUCAAUGUUGCUCAAUGUGUUCGGAAAGAAAGGUCACCCUGUGCGGAAGUACUGGCGGAUGAUGUACUGGAUGCCAAAAUUUAAAAAUCUAUCCCCUUGGCCGUUACCGAACCCAGUACCGGAUGAUUCUCUGGAGCUAGCUAAAAUGGCAGUGGAACGGAUGUGUUCGGUCGAUUUGCUGUCACAGAUUUCGCUGUUCGAUUCGAAGGAUGUUCCUGAAGCUCUUGAUCACACGUGGAUCGUUAGCGGUCAGAGUUCGGAACAAUCAGAACUGCUUGCCCGACACAAGCAGAAACCCGUCUUCAUUGAAGGCCCCUUCCUGAUAUGGCUGCGAAAUAGAUCAAUAAACUAUUUUCUACUGAAAAGCGAAUCGAACCCGCCCCCUUUGCCAGAUGACGAAGAUCUGGAUGAUGUUCGCCGACUGCGAGUACCUUUCUUGGGCAUUGGUAUGACCCAUUCAGCACCACCACCGAAGAAUAAGUUAGCACUCAAAAGGUCUGUUCACGAGCAGGACGAUGGAACGAUUUUUGCCAUUUGCUGUACUGGUUCGUCCACCAAAGAUUCACUGUUAUCCUGGGUACGACUACUGGAGAAGAACGGCAAUCCCUGUCUAGAACAUCUUCCUGUGUUGUUUAAAUUUACUUCCCAGAUACCGGACCAGCUUAAAGUUAUUGCUUCCGGCGCUUCGCAUAAGAAACAAGGGGACGUGCGUCAGAAUGAAACUUAACUGGAGUUGUAGAUGAGUGGAUCUUGUAAAUGCAAUUAAUAAUGUAAAUGUAAAUCUAUUUAAAUAGAGAGCAUAACCAAUUUGAUAUGCAUUUAAAUUUUUAUCAAU